ACCAUCGUCAGCGAGUGGAGACGGAGCAAAACAGCAGCAGAAAAAGAAAGCAAACGCAAAAGCCAUACAAAACAAGAAAAUCAUUGCUCUGUUUCAUAUUAUAUUUGGCUAAUAUUCGUGUUCGGUGCAACAAACAAAAAAAAAAAAGUGUAAAUAACGCCCACGCGUGCCCUACGACAUACACAUACAAUUAGUUUCCACUGCAAUUCUGUUGACGUCGCCGUUGUUGUCAUCGUCUUGUGACUGUCGGGCAUAUUUAAAAAGAAAGUCGUAAAAAUAUAAAACUAGCUGGGAGGAGUAGUUUUCGUUGUUUCUUGGAGCCCCACACACAUCACACCACACACACGCGCACACAUACACAUACACCUACACAGACAUACAUUCACGCACACACACACACGGACUAGCCAACUGCAGGCAACACAACGCGCAGUGCGGAGAGAAGUCAGAAGUAUUGCAGCAGCUUGCUUUGGAGCACUUAAACAGCAAAACAAAAACUAAAACCAAAAACAAAAUAUAAAGCUAAAGAACAAAUUCAAGCAAUUUAAAAGAAAAACACCUUCUAUAUAUAGCAUAUAGAGAAAGCAAAGCAAAAAAUUUACCGAAAACAAAUCUACUUGUAUAAGUCAAACGCAAUAGAAAAAAAAACAAACCGAAAAUGAGAAAGCAAAAAGACGAUAUGCAGGUCAAUGUCGCCGGACUACGCAGAAACAUCAAGAAUCUCGCGCACAACUAUUCCGAUGCACAGGUCAAGGUGCGCGAGGCUACUUCCAAUGAUCCAUGGGGGCCAUCGGCCACAAUUAUGGCCGAAAUAGCCGAUCUAACGUACAAUGUGGUUGCCUUCUCGGAGAUAAUGCAAAUGAUAUGGAAACGUCUCAACGAUCACGGCAAGAACUGGCGUCAUGUCUACAAGGCGUUGAUAUUGCUCGAGUAUCUGAUUAAGACGGGCACCGAAAAGGUUGCCCAGCAAUGCAAAGAGAAUAUUUUUGCCAUACAAACGUUGCGCGAGUUUGUCUACUUUGAGGAGGGCAAGGAUCAGGGCACCCAUGUGCGCGAGAAGGCCAAACAGCUGGUCAAUCUGCUCAAGGAUGACGAGCGUCUCAGGAAUGAGCGCGUCAAGGCGCUAAAAGCCAAAGAGCGUUUCGCACUGCAUCCGAGCGGCUUUGGCAGCGAUGGCUAUAUCGACGGGCCCUCGCAGCGCGACAUGCCGCCGGGCUGGCAGGAGGAGCCGCCCAAAAACGCCUCCGAGCUGGAAAUGGUGCGGCCACAAACCGCCGGCGAGGAGGAGCUACAGCUGCAGCUGGCCAUGGCCAUGUCGCGCGAGGAGGCCGAGCAGGAGGAGGCCAAGCGGCGCAGCGACGAUGUGCGUCUUCAAUUAGCGCUCAGCCAGAGCGAACAGGACUUCAAACCCUGCCUCGACAGGGACUCCAGUGGACGACCCAUAGCGGCGCCCAAAAAAGAGGAGCAACAGAGCCAUUUGCUGGACCUGCUGGAUAUUUCGCUGGGCGCGACCAGCAUUUCAAGUCCACCCUUGGGCGCUGCAGGCGGUGCUCCCGCUGCUGUUGUCGAUCCCUGGGCUACGCCGUCUAGCCGUGCAGCUAGUCAACUGUCGGAUCCGUGGGCAGGCGCCGCCUCGCCACAUGUAGAUCCCUGGCAUCCCUCGGCCGCGCCGCGUACUAUUAUGAGCGCCGGUGUGCCGCUGGGCGCAGCUGCUCCACAGGCUCAGCCUUUGGCCGCACCAGGCGAUGCCUGGGGUCUGCGUACACAGUCGCCAUCCGUGGCAUCGGGCUCCUCCACUGAGGGCUGGCUGCAAACCAACGGCAAUUCCAGCCAAAAUGGCCGUAUGCCCGCUCCAGCGCCCGUCGAUGCCUGGCUGACAAAAUCAACAGCCAGCGCCGCCCUGGCAGCACCUCCUACAAAAUACGCGGCCAGCAAUGGCAGCUCAGCCGAUCCUUGGCUCGCGGAAGCGCAGCCAGCAGCCAGCGCAGCAGCAGCAGCAGCCGCCGCUCCGGCGGAUCCCUGGGCAGCAGCGCAGCCGAGCUCGGGAGCGCUAGAUGAUCCUUGGAAGGCAAUGCAAACAGGCGCCAUCAAGAAACAAUCGCCCGACUUUGAUGAGUUCGAUUUGAUAACCAAUCGCAAUAAAAGCGCCGAGCAGAACAAUUCCAAUAAUGCCUCCAAUAACAACAACAAUGCUUCGCUGCUGGACGAUAUGGAUCCGCUUUCGACGAAUUACGGCAACAGCGGCGGCGGCUCGGUGCAUCCGUCGACGGGUGCCACCACCAAGAAGCCCUAUCGCGAUCCGAUUGCAUUCCUCGGCGAAAAUUCGGCGUUGGUUAAUUUGGAUAAUUUAAUUAAGCCAAAUACGCCGCAGACACAGUCCGGCCUUGUGCCAGCCUACAAUCCGUUUGCGGACAAUGUGAUGCCACCCAAAACGAAUCUAUUCCAGCAGCAGCAGCCAGCCGUGCCGUCCAUCAAUCAGUUGAAACAGCAGCCGCCCUUCCCCGUCAACAUGAAUCAGGAUCCCUGGGCGCCGGCCAGCGGCGGCGUCAGUGCAGCCUCUCAGCCAAAGCCGCUGAAACCGCUGCGUCCGACCAGCCUGAAGCUGAUCGAUGACUUUGAUCUGUUGGGCGCCUUCAAUAAACCCGUCCUGUCCCGUCCACAGCCAAGCUACAACAAUCCGCCGAGCGAGAACAACAACAUUUAUAGCUAUGGCAUCAGCCAGAGCUACAAUAAUAGUUCGUCCAUUGACAACAUACGCAACUUGGAUGUCAUGAGUGAGUCGCAGCCACAGCCGCGUUCCUAUUUCCCCAGCCCCACGGCGCCCGCUGGCCCGUACAGCAACUGCAGCACCCCGGGCUAUUCCACCUAUACGCAGUGCUACAGCAGCGCCCUGUCCGAUUCACUGGCCGAUACGCCGGGCAUCAGCAUUUCACCACUGGGCUACGAUAGCAACAUUGCGGCAACUCCAACGGGCAGCUUCUAUGGCAAUUCCAGCGCAGCCGCUGGCAACUACUGCAAACUGGAACCAACAAUGGAGGCUUGGACGCUUAAAUAAAACACAUACAAAUAUGCAAAAUACAAUGCAAAUGGCAAAACAACAACAUGCCGUGGAUAAAGCCGGAGGCGGCAGCUACAAAUCCGUUUUUGUCAUAAGGAGUCAAUCAAUCAACCAAUCAA